ACCCAUUUGCUAGAUCGCUUCGAGGGCUUCGAAUUUCGCUUCUUUUUCUGUUCUUCGGGAUCUUUCGUCGUUCUUGGUUUCUUUCGCCAGGAAGAGAAAAGAAAAAACGAGUGGAAUUCAAUACGGUGAAUUCGUUGAUGCAGAGAUGUUCGCUUUGGGCAUCUGGGUUCUCGUGUGAUUGUGCAGAAGUUCGGAGGCUAGAGUACGUUGCGUUCGUGGAAAGUGAUCGCCCGAUUGCUUUUGUGGGGCGGUGCAAAAAUGUCCAUCAUGCAGAGUAUGUACAUUCGUGUUAAGCGGAGUAAGACGACUUACUUUAUCCAGUGUGAACCAACUGAGACAAUCCUUAAUAUCAAGGAGAAACUGCAAAACCUCAUAGACCAACCUGCUAAUGAUCAAUGUCUGAUCUUGGUAGGGACUGGGGAAGUGCUGGAGGAUUCAAAGUCACUAGCAGAUCAAAAGGUUGAAAACGAUGCUGUGGUUGCACUGACCUUGAGGAAAGAUGACAAUGAGUUUGAGGAAGUGAACAUUGUUCAGCCGAAUGACUUUUGCCAAUCUCUCGACGGAGAUGGAAGCAAAUGGUGAAUGCAGUGGACACUCUCUUCUCUAAGUGCUGUAUCAAAGUUUCCUCACUCAUAUGAGGAAUUGUGAUAACUUAUUUUGAAAAGAGGAGCAUGCGCUUGAGAGACCGAGGGAUUCAUAAGACGGUGAAGAAUUGUUUGAAAGUUCGACAUUUAUUUGCUCAUCGGCAUGUCAGAUAAUCGCCGGUGGAUAAUCUUUAGUUCAUUGGAGUUUUUUAUUA